AGCACAUUUAAACGUAUUGCAGUGUCACGUCCGUAUUUACAAGCGAAGCGUGACGUUCACGGACCCGCAAAAAUUAGUCUUCGAGCGAAACUCUGAGCUCUUAGUUUUCUGGGUAAACGUCUAAAAUGCAUUCACUGAGAGAAUUUCUCAACGAGAGACUGACUGCAGCGGCGGAGGAGAUUUUUGAUGCGGUGGAAAGGACAAUAGUUGAGUACAGAGAGGAGAUUAUCCGUUCAAAAGAUUUAGAAAUCAGUCGUCUCAGAAUGCAACUGAAGCUCUUCAAAUCAGAGUCGGAGUCGGAUGAAUGUCUUGAAGCCGAGCAGCUGCAGCCCACUGAUCUGUACCACCCUCCUUCUCCUUCACCCUCUGUUCAGCAGCAGCACCAUCAGUCAUCCCCUCCAAUGUCUGCUCCUGAGCACUCCGAGGAGGAGGAGGACAAAGACAGCGAGCCCCCAGAGUGCUCACAGGUCAAGCAAGAGCCGCAGAGGGCCCACAGACAGUUCUGGAUGGAUCAUGAUGGCCAGCAUUUUGAGGGUGUGGAAUCGGACAUGAACGACUUAAUUUCAUCCCCCACUGGUCUGAAAACUAGUCCGUAUGACCAGGCCCUACAUUUCCACCCUUCCCUCGGCAACAGUAGUGGUGAUGAGAGCAGAGAUAAACCUUACAGCUGCUCAGUCUGUGAGAAGCGCUUCAAUAACUGCUCCCACCUUGCAGCUCAUAUCAGGACUCACACAGGCGAGAGGCCAUACAAGUGUGAAAUAUGUAGCAAGACUUUUAUCACAACGAGUGCUUUGAACAGACAUCAGACCAUUCACACUGAGGGAAAACGCUUUGUGUGUAAUUAUUGUGGGAAAUCCUUUAAAUGGAUGGAGUCUCUUGGGAGACACUUAAGAAGUGCGCACAAGAAGGGGGAUGUUUCUGAUUCAGGAGGGUGCAGGGGGGAUGAAAUUCACACCAAUGUCCAGUGAGUUAGUUAUAUCGUCAUUAUACAUUCAUUUACGAUUAUACUUUAAAUCACACAAAAACUGUAAGUGUUGUAAAGUGAGAUAUGAGUAGUCAUAAUAUUUGUCUAGAUGUGCAUGGAUUUUAUUAAGCCUUGAGUAUAUAAUGGCCAACAGAGAAAGAUGGCGAGCAAAUGAUUUGCUUUUAAAUACAAGUUGUUGUGCACUAAAUUUCUCAGAAUAAAGUAUUAAUCCUCAAAACAGUUGUGGUUCAUCC